AUGGAACAGCUCACCCAGGUCAAUCAAGGCUGUCUUCACAAGAUGGAGUACUUUGAUGCUCUCACUGCUGCUCAAGAUGUUGUCCUCAAGGAAGCAGUCAAGCUCCACAGCAUGUUCAGCAGCCACAGUGUUGAGGAUUUCUACGAGGCCAUCAUGCAGCAAUUGAGGAUCAAGGGUUUGAAGAAGCGGCUCACCACUGGAAUGCUCACCUCAGCAAGGAGCUAUGGUCCUUCAAUGAUCAUAAGUGCUGCCUCUGACAGCAAACACAAGACAGCCUCUCAGUUUGCUAAGGAACUCAGGGCCACUUGGAAUGGGUUGUCACUGGAGGAUGUCACAAACGUGCCUAGCAGGGGAAUCUUGCAAACCCAGCCCAAUGGGGCUUAG